AUGCAUUCUCCGAUGCUACAACAUAUCAAUCUCCAAACAAUGUCUUCCAACGUGGUUCGUGUGGCAGUCACUCAAGCUGAGCCGGCAUGGCUGGACCUAGCCGCCGGCGUGGCAAAGACCUGCACUUUGAUGACCGAAGCCGCUCAUAAUGGCGCGCAAUUGAUUGCCUUUCCCGAGUGCUGGAUUCCAGGAUACCCAUGUUGGAUCUGGAGCCGUUUCCUCGACGUCGCCAUGAAUGUGGCAUACAUCAAGAACUCCAUCGCGCUUGACUCCCCAGAGAUGGAUCAGAUCAAAGCUUGCGCAAAGAGCAACUCGAUCGCAGUAUCUCUGGGAUUCUCCGAAUUCCAUCACAAUUCGGUCUAUAUCGCACAAGUCAUGAUCGGUGGCGAUGGGGAGAUCAAGUCUCACAGACGCAAGAUGAAGCCUACCCAUAUGGAACGAACUAUUUUCGGAGAUGCGUCGGGAGAAUGUUUCUCUAGUGUGGUCGAGCUACCUUUCGCGCGAGUUGGAGCACUCUCCUGCUGGGAGCACAUUCAACCGCUGCUCAAAUACUUCAUGAUUUCCCAGAGAGAGGAAAUCCACGUGUCGGCAUGGCCAAGCCUCACGCCUCACACUGGCAAGUCUGAUCUGUGGUCUAUUUUGUCGCAAACGUAUGCCGUGGAGUCCCAGAGCUUUGUUAUGCAUUGCACAGCUGUGAUUACCGAGAAAGGUGUACAGGCAAUGGAUACCAGUGGGGGAAUCCUGAUGAACUCCCCAGGAGGGGGAACUUCUGCGGUGUUUGGCCCUGAUGGACGGAGGUUGACGGAGCCUCUGGAUUCCACUUCCGAGGGCAUCGUAUAUGCUGACCUUGAUAUGAGCCAGAUCGUGGCGACUAAGAUUUUUGCAGAUGCCACUGGGCAUUACAGUCGUCCCGACCUCAUGUGGUUGAACGUUUGCAAGAAAGUGAAGAAAAUGGUCCAGCCGGAAGAUGAAACAUUAAUAGAUACAGUGGAAUAG